UUUUUUUUUUUUUUUUGUUGAUUUGGAAUGAGGAAUCAGCAGUAAGACAGGCUUUCCCCCUCAGUGCUGAAGGCGUAGAACCGCGAGUGGGGUUUUGGGCUGGAUGCGUCAUGAAACCUGUAUCUCGCAGCCACCGACGAGUUUCAUCCGCUGGUUAGACUGUACCCAGCGAUUUGUGCUUGUGAGUGUGCCUGGUUCACUGAAUACUCAACAUUGGUUAGUGAUUUACCCUCUUCCCUGCGCACUGAGGGGGAUUGGCUUAGUGGAUCAACGAUCACAUGCGAGAUUUUCAUGUUGGGAGGGGAGGCCCUAAGUUUGGUUUAAUUCUGCGUUUGAGGAAGUUCAGACAGAAAUAGAUUCGCAAUUCGUCAGGCUGCAUCGAAUAGUGGAUGGUGGUGGGAGCAGCAUGGUUUUAAUCUUACUGUGUGGCGUUGAGUGGAGUGAUUGCUGGGCAGCUUCUGUUGUUCGAAUAUAGGACGGGAAGCUGUUUUCAAACCGUGUCGCUAGAGGUUCCGGGCUCGUCACUCCACGGGGUUUGAAUCUCGGAGUGGCUCGCGGAUUCGGAUUCAAUCGUUGUUCGCUUCAUUGAACGAGAUGGUCGAAGUAUACUGUUCUGCGGCGUCAGUUUCUGUACGCCAUGGGGAGCUUGAUUUCUUCUUUUGGCGAUGGAACGCUUUGAAGUGAUGGCCGUCUUCGAAGAUUCACUUCCUUUGAGAGCGGGAUGAGCUGUCUUUAGAAUACAACUAGUUAGAGAUCGAUUUGUUUUCUGACACUGUGGAUCUUAGAACACUCCGAUCGUGAUCAAUCUUUUACAUAUUUCGAAUUGUCGUCUAAGUAGCCUCAAGAUCAUGGGUGACGCUCAGGUUCCUUUGCUUGGCGAGAACUUAAAAGGUGAGGACUGGACCGAAAGCGUCAAACCAGACUUCGUAGGAAUAAAUAUAAUCUUCCGUGAUCAAGGGGACUCUAAAGAAAGAGACUUUUCCAGUGACGAAGUGCGCGUAGCUGUGCCAAUUUCAGACCACUUGGUGGAAAAUGGCAGCCUGAAGGACAAUGACUCAGGAUUGGGAGAAGAGAGUAUGGACGGGGAUCUUAAACAAAUGCAGAAGGCGCUGGAUCUUUUCUCAGAUGUACCGUCAUUUGGUAAACUGUCUACCAUAGAUCCAUUCGUCAACAGGACACCUGCAACGAAGGGAUUAUACGAGAGCUUGAAGACGUUGUUACUGUUGCCUGUGUUGGUAGCGCGUUUGCUGGUCAUUGGGGUUAUUCUUGUGGUGGGAUUCGUGGCCACGAAAUUGGCGCUGGCCGGAUGGGACAAGUCCGAAUCGGUUCUUCCGAUAUGGCGUCGCAAGCUUAUGUUUGUCACACGGCUCUGUGGUCGGGGCAUUCUUUUCUGUUUUGGAUUUCACUGGAUUCGGCGUAUUGGGCGUCCUGCACGCAAGGAGGUUGCCCCCAUCGUGGUUUCUAACCAUGUGUCAUUUAUUGAUCCUAUAUUUUAUUUUUAUGAGCUUUUUCCAAGCAUAGUGAGUUCUAAGUCACAUGACAGUCUGUUCCUGGCAGGGACCAUUAUCCGUGCAAUGCAGGUUAUCCCCGUCGACAGAACAUCUGCAGAAUCAAGGAAGUCUGCAAUAAAUGAAAUCAAAAGAAGGGCGGCUAGCAUGGAAUUUCCCUCUGUGUUGUUGUUUCCUGAGGGUACAACAACAAACGGGAGGUCGCUGAUUUCGUUUAAGCUAGGCGCAUUCACCCCUGGUUUUCCAAUUCAGCCGGUCGUCAUCCGCUACCCCUUUGUCCACUUCGAUAUUUCCUGGGGUGACAUUUCAUUGCCUAAUGUGUUGUUUCGGAUGUUCACGCAGUUUAGCAACUUCAUGGAGGUCGAGUACUUACCUGUCGUUUACCCAUCUGCGUGGGAGGUGGAAAAUCCUGCUUUAUUCGCUGAGCGGGUUAGGUAUGAAAUGGCUCGGGCUCUCUGCGUGCCAGUGACCGAGCAUACUUACGGCGACCUGAUGUUGUCCGUAAAUGCCCAGCGGCUUUGCUUGCGUUCACCAGCGAGCUACAUGGUGGAAAUGGGGUUAGUGGAGAAGACUCUCGGAUUAAGGACAGGCGAUGCGAAGAGCCUCCUAGAGAAGUUUGCCGCAAUGGAUCCAUCCUAUUGUGGCACCAUCGGCAUGAAACAAUUUCUGGAAUGGCACCAUUUGCCGAAAUGUUCGAUUUCUAGAAAGAUAUUUGAUCUCUUCGAUAAAUCGGGACAAGGCUUCGUAACCUUCCGAGAGUAUUUGGCAGCAUCGGGAUCAAUCUCGACUAGCAAAGAGUUCAACAGCCGUAUGAGAGCAGCUUACAAUGCAUGCAGCUCUCCAGGCGGUGGUCGUAUCUCGCCAGUGGAGCUGGAAAACUGCUUAAAGCUAAGUAUGCCAUCAAUCAGCAACGCCAAGCUAAAGACGUGGUUCAAAAAACUCGACCUGGACGGUGACGGAGCCAUCAGCUGGGAGGAGUUUCAGGUUUUCAUUGAGGCCAACUCUGAGCUACUGCCAAUUUUCAUGGUGGGAACUUUUGUACAUUGAGCUCAUCCGACUUCAUAGCAGCAAAUGUAUACUGUAAGUCUAAUUUGAGUUGGCCCAAUUAAGGGCAAAUACUAGAACACUUAAAUAGACACAGAUCCUCUAUCAAUACACCAUGCAAUUAAAAUUGGAUUUGGUAACCAUUUUUGUUGUUUCGCUUUUGUCGAAUACAUACACAAAGACGAAGCCGUAUUUUUCCUUGGAAGGUGCGACAACAUAACAUUCUAAACUAGGUAGGAGAUCUCAGACUUGGAACUGGAGCAAAAAUCACUGUAGAAGCAAGUAGUGCUCACAUAUUAACAUUGUUAUUGAAAAGAAUAUAGAUCUGCAAUACAGAUAUUGAGUCACUUCUUCAUGUGAAGUUAUGCUGUGACAUGUGAUUCAUAAUUCUUUCAAAAGAACUUUUUGAAGGGAUAUUUAUCAAA